AUGCCUGAACGAAAUGUUGAAGAAAUUCGUCGAAAAAAUCUUGAAGAAAAUCAACUCUUUCUUAACAAACUUCGAAUGAAUAAUAUUCGAAAUGAUUUUCUUCAAUCGGCUCGUACAGUACUUCGCAAAGAUGAAACUAAAACAAAGCCUAAAAUUCAUUAUGAGAAAGUUGAACGUUUAACUCGAUAUAGUUUAAAAGUUCAAUCAGGUGAAAUUCAACCAUUUGUUCCUCAAUGGCAACAAAAAACUAAUAAGAAAAAAAAACAUCAUCCUUCGAAAUGGACUUUAUUUUAUAAAAAUAUAGCUAAUCCUUAUCAACGUACAUUUAAACCACGAAUUCGAAAAUAA